UUCUUUGUUCUUGUUUGUGUCCGUAACUCUGGCGACAUUGCCAGUUGUCACUCGUACGAGUUUCUUGAAUCCUGAACUUUGUUCGACAUAUCUCAAAACUACUGCCAAGAACUCAUAGAACUUUUUAGGCUUGUAUGCUUAAUUAUUGGAAGGGACGGAAGGGGUGAUGCUAUGAUGGAGAGCUCUGUUUGUUCACAGGAAGUUUCUCUUGUUUUUGUAAUUCCUGAAGGUUUGACAGAGGACACAUGUGCUCCAAGUCUUAUUUGUGCAUAUCAGGCAUGCUUGGAAACUGAUUUGCAUCCAGUAUGGAAGACAUCAAGUGAGUGCUUAACUCUGAAACCUGGGAAGAAGGAUGUGUUUGUAUGCGACCCUUUUGAGGGAGAUGCUUUUAAUUAUCUCAAGAGUGACAACUUCAAAUGCGUCGUUUUAGGUCCUCGUUGCCUCUUGUCCUGCCUUCAUCGAAAGAUGGUUGUUCCAGAGCUGCCAUCCCCCUUGCAUAACAUUUCCAUGCAUAAACUAAUUAUCACGUUAACUGGAUUUGAACAGGAAGAAAAGGAACAGCUUCGCACAAUAAUAACUAGGAGUUCAGGAAUUUAUUCGAACAAUUUUUGUGAAGCUGUUACACAUCUUGUGGCAAACACAGUUGGGAGCAAAAAAUAUAUCGUUGCCAUUGAAAAAGAAGUUCCCAUAAUGACUGGUGAAUGGUUGAAAGCUGUUUGGAAUGCAGUGAGCCGUGAAUACAGAGAAGAUGUUUAUGCUACAGAUGAGCAGUUCCUCUCCUAUACUUGUCCAAUAUUUAAGAAUCUUGUUAUCUGUGUCUCACAGAUGCCUAGAAAAAACAAGGAAACCUUAAAGAAAAUAAUUGAAGAAAAUGGUGGGACAUAUUCACCAAGUCUUGAUAUGGCUGUCACAUCUGUGUUGAUCAUCCCAUCACCAGAAGGAGAAAAAUAUGAGCAUGCACGUAACUGGCGCAUCCAGUGUUUGACACCAGACUGGAUUUAUGAUUCUGUUGAAAUUGGCCAUGCUCUCAACAUGCAACCCUAUGAAGUAAAACACAGAGGAGCUUCCACUCCAAAAGAUGAAAAUGUCACAAAUGGUAAAGUAGAUUGUGGGGAAGCUCACCAUUGGAAUGUUCCGCCAGAUGUGUCCAUAUGCAGCACUAUCAUGAAUGAAACAGAAAUGAGCCGUGCUCUGACCCAUGUUAAUGAAACACUACAACAGAGCACUCUAGCUGAUGUAUCAGUUAUGAAGAGGCAUUCAGGAUCUGAUGAAUAUGCAUCUCGGGGGUUGAUGGCAGUAGAACAACUUGAUUUACAAAAGGCAUUGAAGGCAGGCCACUUCUUGGAUGGUUGUAAGAUAUUUCUCUCAGGGUUUAGUGGCACCCACAUGGAGAAGCUAAGACGGGUACUGAAUGCUGGAGGAGCUACAAGAUUUAGUCAGCUAACAGAAUCGGUAUCACAUGUUAUAAUAGGAAAAGUUGUGGAGGAGCACAUGAACACUAUUUUGUCAUGGAACUCAAAACCCCAUGUUGUAUAUGGAGACUGGAUCACUGAGAGCAUAAAACUCCAAAAACCUGCUGAUGAAGGCCCAUUUUCAUAUGCACAAGGCAAUCAAGCUUCACCAAAGAAACCCGAAACUACUUCUAGGAAGUCUUUGCUCUCGGAAAAUCGGAAACUGCUCCCAGAUAGCAAUGAAACCUUUGUUGAUGAGGAUUUAAUGAAAAAGUAUCUGAAGCAACCAGGAGAAACUGCUGCAGAGGAAACACUGAAUAUGUCCUCCUUUCCUGAUUCUCAACAAAGUACAAUUCCUGGCAUUUUUCACGGUAAACUUUUCACAAUAACAGGCUACAACCAGAAAUCCCUUGAAGAUUUUGUUACUGCCAUAAGAGAGCAUGGCGGAGAGGAGGUCUCUUUGGAUUAUGAAGGGAAGGUUGAUUAUUCUAUCACAGAUUUUGAAGGCAGUGGUGCAGUUCAUGGCAAAGCAAAAGAAAUUGUAACCCACAGUUUUUUGGAAGACUGCUUUGAUGCAGAAAAACGUGAAGAACCAGUGCUUGUUGAUGUAGAAUAUUAUCACUUGCCAUCUAAGUUUAUUGAGGGCCAGUAUCCACUGAAAGACUGCACAUUUGCCAUAUCUGCUUAUACUGGCAUUGAGAGGCAAUUUUUAGUUUCUCUUGCCACUUGCCUUGGUGCUCAAUUUCAGCUUUCUUUUGCAAAGAAAAAUAAUCCAUCCAGGAACAUCAAAGCAUCCACCCAUCUUAUUUGUCCAACGGCUGUUGGUGAGAAAUAUAAAGCAGCCCUCAGUUGGAAAGUUCCAGCUGUAACCCAUGAUUGGGUUCUUGCUUGUGCUAGAAGUGGCAAAAAGGAGGAUGAAGACUUGUAUAGGGUUGAUUCUGAUAAUCGUGUGAUCCUUGAUUGCAAAAACAUCAUCCGCAAUCUGUUUGAUUUGCAUGUUCUUGGAAAUGAAACUGUAGUGGGGGACACAUUGAUGGGCGAGGUUGCUCCAACUGUCAACAGUAAGGUGAAAGCUCUACGGGAAAAGGGAUCUUUCCAGUCACCUCAUGAGGUCAAGACUCCAGAUAUGGAAACUAUAAGAAAAAUGUACCCAACUCCAAGAGUAUCCAAGGGAAAUCAAAGCUUAGAUGAGAUGCCUACGCCGGAUACACCUUAUGGUCGUACGUGGCAGCCAAAUCCACCUUCACGUGUCAGGAAGGCCUAUAAACGUUUGCUGGACUCGCUCCCAGAUGAGCCUCCCAUGAAAAAACCAGCAGAUCAAGGCACUCCAGUUGAAGUGUAUUACAAAAGAUUCCAAGAUGAAGUGUCAGAGAAGACUAAGAAUUUUAGGGUAAAGACUCCAAUUUGGUAUAAGAAAAAAGAUGAAAUCUCUGAAAAGGAUUCAAAAGGGGAGGAUAUGGAAGUGGAAAACAAGGAAGAGCAAAACCAGGAAACAGAAGAUACUGUUGUGCCUGAAUAUCACGGACCUCUUGCUGGUGUUGUUGUUUGUACAGCAUAUAAGCAUCAUGAUCAACAAAGGGCACUGUAUGAGGCUGUUACUAAAUUGGGAGGUGACUACCGAUGGUCACUUGACAAUAGUGUAACACAUUUUAUUUUUCAAGGUCAGACUAAUGAUAAGACUAAAGAAUUCAGAACAGCACGAGAUGAGGGGAAAAUAAUUGUUGCCCCAGAGUGGGUUUGGAUGUGUCAAGAUGAAAAUAAGAAAAUUGAUGAAGAACUUUUUCCACACACACACAAUCCAAAAAUGGCCCUUUCCUUAUUGUGUACAAAAAGCAGCACAAAUAACAGAAGAGGACGUCCUAGAAAGAAGCAUUUGUCAGGUGAUGAUAAGGUUGAAGAAACCAAAGAAGAGGAAACAAUGAAUACUAGUAAUAAUACUUCUUUGAAGGCAUCUAGUGAAAUGAAUGAAAGUAUAUCAAGGCAGUUGGAAGAAAUUGAAGCAUUAGCAUCUGCUUGUGGACCUGAACGAAGAAGUCUUAACAGGAACAAAUCUAUUUCUGAAAGACUUAAACAUACGCCUACGAGAGAUGUUCAAGUUGAAACUCAGCCAGUGGCAAUGGAUCUGCCGGAAACUCAGAACACUGCUGUUACAUGGGAUGAUCCACAGGAGCGGGAAGCAAGACUAAGACUUCAAGAUCAAUUAACAAGAGACACUCAGGAUAUCAUCAGUGGAAAAAUGGAGGCAGCAUCAGAGGAGAGUGAAGAAGAUAAGGAAAACUUACCAGUGUUACCUGAGGAAGAAUCCACAGAGGAGCCUUCUGAAUCACCACCUAAAACAAGCAGAGAUUCUUUGUCACCAGGGCCAAAUUUCCUCUUUGUUCUUUCCGGUAUUCCAGAUGAAGAAAGGGAACGUUAUAUAGCAAUAAUUGUUGGGCUAGGUGGAACUAUGACUGCAGACCAGCACUUUGAUGUCAGGUGUACACAUGUUGUAACCACAAGACCCACUCGUUCAGAGAAGCACUUAGCUGCCAUAGCUUCUGGGAAAUGGCUGCUGCAUGUUGGUUUCCUAGAAGACUCGGGAAAAGCCGGAAGGUUUGUAGAGGAGGAGCCAUAUGAACUUGGCAACCCUUCAGCAAAGUAUAUUUCUGCAAUGGAUAGAGAUACACUAGAAUAUAAACUUUCUGUGUGCGCACGAAGAUGGCGUUUGGCUCUAAGUCAGGACAAAAGGAAACGAGGGGCUUUUCAUGGUAUGAAGGCAUUAGUCCACACCAAUCGUGACCGCAGUGAAGCAUUCACAAGAUUAAUUCUUGCUGGUGGUGGAGAAGUGAUAUCAGCAAAGCCACCAUACAAAGCUGUGGAAGAUGUUACUCAUUUCUUUAUUGAAUUAAACAAGAAUCCAGCACACAUUGACUUAGCUUAUUAUGCAUCUCAAAGAAUUCCAUGUUUAAAUAUUUUAUUUCUUAAUGAAUAUCUGGUAAAAGACCCUUUACCAGAUGUGUCAGACUAUUUCAUCCCAGAAUACAAGGAAAUCUUGAAGGACAUGAGGUAAUUAUUUACUUUGAAAAUAGUUUCAACGAAGCUUUCACAGAACAAGAAACAUCUUUGGGUACCUACUGCAAUUAAUCUUGCUUGUACAAGAAUAAAAAGUUUCAUUUUGCACAUAACUUGCAAGUGUUUUGUAAAUGAUUUAAUGAUUAGUAGCCACCACAAUCAGGAGUUUUACUGUACUAUAUGUAAACUAGUGGCAAAAACUACUGGUGUGUAUGAAAUGUUUCUUGUCAUUUAGUUACAAUAAUUGCCAAGGCCAUUAAGUGUAUUCAUAAGUCAGACAAUUUAAUCCCAUACUGUAAUAAAAUAUUUUUAAACUUUUCAAAACAAAAAUAUGAACAUGAAGUAGCCUAGGGCAACAAUCAGCCAUUGGUUUAUUUUGUGUGUAGGAUAUUUUAAAGCAACAAAUCAGCAUAAAUUGCAAAGAAAAACUUACAGAAAUGCUUUUGAAGCAGGAAAUUUGUAAUUUUACUUAUGCUUAGCUAUCAGGAUGUCUUGUAGUGCUUUGAAUCAUAAUUGAUUGUUUUCAUCUUAUUUCAGUGAUGCAAAUACAAGCCUUCUAAGACGACGGAAAAAAUGAGUCUGUUGGUAACAAGAAAAUUUUGUGAUAAUUCUAAAUGCAAUAUAUUUUCAAGAAAUUAACCCCCUCUUUUUAUUCUCUUAAUUUCUCUGUCAUACUUGAACAAUCUUGUACACUUCUGAGGGAUAUUGUGCCCCAGAAAAAUGUAAAUAUUGUAGUAUAUUUUCACUUGCCAAGUAUUAAGUAAGAUAAACUGUCCCAGCACUGUAUUAGUAACAGAAACUGAUACACUUUAUUUGCUACAGUGAAUAUUGCCUAGAAGUUUCAUAAGGGCCAUGUAUAUCCAUUACUUUUGCUUUGAAAUCUACAAAUGUAAUGUGUUAUUGAACUUUCAUUUUCAAAGUAUAUACUAUCUACAAAACUCAGCAUUUUGAAACCUUCUAGCCAUUCACAGUUUGUUGACAUCUCCCAAACAGCGGCAUAAAAGUUCUGUUCUUGAAUGGACUAAUUCAAAGAUAAGAGGAGUAUUAUUGAUGUCUUUUCCAUAAGGCUGUACAUGGAAAUUGUAAAAAUGUAAAUAAUUUGAACAUUUCUUUUAGAAAUCUUGUUUGACUGGGAUGGAAUUAAGAGCAGUUUUAAUGUAAGAUAUUUUUUUAUUUUGACAUUUUGUAAUCAGUUUUAGAAAAAAAACCCGUUAAGAGUUGCUUUUUAGUCAUUCAAUUACUGUUCCUGUAAUGAUGGUAAUUUGUCUUCUAAAUUUACAUAAGUGAAAUUUUAUACUGAGAAUGUAAGUAUUGCAUGCAGGUUUAAUGGCUACCACUGAUUGGCCAUCAAUUAGUUUUUAUGAAGAAAUUCACUGUAUAGCUUAUCGGUAGUAAUACUACAUUAUUUAUCAAAUACUGACAGGUGGCCUAAAGCAGUAAAUGGAAUAACAUACUUGAAAGGAACCUGGAACUAGAUAAUACUAUUGAACCAAUAUUUUAGUUAAAUGUAUCUCUGGUGCUGUAACUAUGGAAAACAUUUAAAAUAUUUUU